AUGAAAUCAUCACAAUACAAAUCUCAUCAUGGAUUUAAUGAAAAAACUAGAAAUAUGUUAAUUAACAAUCAUACCAUUAUCAGUAUGAACAAUGAAGAACCUUCUUUAUCAUUAUCUGAAAUUAAUAAAAUGAUAAAAAAGGAUAGAAAAACAUUAUCUAGAAAUGACAGUACUUUAACUACUGAUAGUGUGCAAUCAACAGGCUCAACUAAAUCCAUGCCAAAUCAGGAUAAUUUUGACAAUAUUCUUGGUAAUGAAGAUAAUGAUAAUAAAAUAAAACCAAAUCAAAAUUUGAAAAAAUUUCUUGGAUUAAUUGGUAAAACACGUUCUGAGGCAAACUUUUUUGAUGGAAAACCAUCUAAAACGGUUAUUAAAACUUUUCAACAACAAAAUAUUGUCAAAUUACCUUCUUUGGAAUGUGAUAUGGAGACACAAAAUAGAAUUAAUCAAUACAAAGAAGUCGAAGCAUCAAUAGAUAGAUUGGUUAAUGAUACCAUGGUUGGUUCUCGAAGAACAGAAUAUGAAAUGAAGUAA